UCGGCGAGGCCCGUGCAUUCCAGAGAGCCGAGUGAGCUAGAGCAACAAAGGAGCCGGGUAGUUGGCGGGGAGAAGUCGGGGGGCUGCGGCACCGUGCAGCGAAGGGGGCGGCUGGGCCGCUGGCAGGAGCGGGGGCGGAGCCGGGGACCUCGUCCCGCACCCCAGACCCGCGCCUGGCCUCCGUCGCGGGGCCGGGAGGUGGUUUUAAUGGUGGGAGAAGGAAUGGGGCUGGAGGUUGGGGGCCCGGGGGCUCCCGGGGCUGAAGAUAACUAGGAUUGCCAGGGGAAGGGGUAGAGAGUUGUGCAUCCCGGCCCGGGCCUCCACCGCCCAACAUGGGCCCCGGGUUCCAAAGUUUGCGAAGUUGGGCGCCGAGGGCCCGUGGCGCGCGGAGCGUCCGGGGGGGCCCGGCACCGGACUCGCGAGGCGCACAGGUCGCCUGAGCAGCCCCCGCGGCCCCAAGGGUUGCGCGUGUGGCCGGGGGGCUCCAGGGAGAGGGCGGGGGCGCCCGGGGCUUCUGCUGAGUUGGCGGGUUUGGCCAUGGCCGCUGCCCGCCUCGCACGGGGGCCGGAGCUCCUGCUCCUGGGGCGGCUGCUGCUGCUGCUGCUGGUGCUGGGGGGCCCGGGGCGGGGGGCGGCCUUGAGCGGGAACGCAACCCGGCCUGGGCCGCGGAGCGCGGGCGGGAGCGCGAGAAGGAGCGCGGCGGUGACCGGCCCUCCGCCGCUGCUGAGCCACUGCGGCCGGGCCGCCCCCUGCGAGCCGCUGCGCUACAACGUGUGCCUGGGCUCGGCGCUGCCCUACGGGGCCACCUCCACGCUGCUGGCCGGGGACUCGGACUCCCAGGAGGAAGCGCACGGCAAGCUCGUGCUCUGGUCGGGCCUCCGGAACGCCCCCCGCUGCUGGGCAGUGAUCCAGCCCCUGCUGUGUGCGGUGUACAUGCCCAAGUGUGAGGACGAUCGGGUGGAGCUGCCCAGCCGCAGCCUCUGCCAGGCCACCCGCGGCCCCUGUGCCAUCGUGGAGAGAGAGCGGGGCUGGCCCGACUUCCUGCGCUGCGCCCCCGACCGCUUCCCCGAGGGCUGCCCCAACGAGGUGCAGAACAUCAAGUUCAACAGUUCUGGCCAAUGCGAGGCUCCCUUGGUUCGGACGGACAACCCCAAGAGCUGGUAUGAGGACGUGGAGGGCUGUGGGAUCCAGUGCCAGAACCCGCUCUUCACCGAGGCCGAGCACCAGGACAUGCACAGCUACAUUGCGGCCUUCGGGGCCGUCACGGGCCUCUGCACGCUCUUCACCCUGGCCACAUUUGUGGCUGACUGGCGGAAUUCCAAUCGCUACCCUGCUGUCAUUCUCUUCUACGUCAAUGCGUGUUUCUUCGUGGGCAGCAUUGGCUGGCUGGCCCAGUUCAUGGACGGUGCCCGCCGGGAGAUCGUCUGCCGUGCCGAUGGCACCAUGAGGCUUGGGGAGCCCACCUCCAAUGAGACCCUGUCCUGUGUCAUCAUCUUUGUCAUCGUGUACUACGCCCUGAUGGCCGGCGUCGUCUGGUUUGUGGUCCUCACCUACGCCUGGCACACCUCCUUCAAAGCCCUGGGGACCACCUACCAGCCUCUCUCGGGCAAGACCUCCUACUUCCACCUGCUCACUUGGUCACUCCCCUUCGUCCUCACUGUGGCCAUCCUCGCCGUGGCCCAGGUGGAUGGGGACUCUGUGAGCGGCAUCUGUUUUGUGGGCUAUAAGAACUACCGCUACCGCGCUGGUUUCGUGCUGGCCCCAAUCGGCCUGGUGCUCAUAGUGGGAGGUUACUUCCUCAUCCGAGGAGUCAUGACCCUGUUCUCCAUCAAGAGCAACCACCCUGGGCUGCUGAGUGAGAAGGCAGCCAGCAAGAUCAACGAGACCAUGCUGCGCCUGGGCAUUUUUGGCUUCCUGGCCUUUGGCUUUGUGCUCAUCACCUUCAGCUGCCACUUCUACGACUUCUUCAACCAGGCGGAGUGGGAGCGUAGCUUCCGGGACUACGUGCUGUGCCAGGCCAAUGUGACCAUCGGGCUGCCCACCAAGAAACCCAUCCCUGACUGUGAGAUCAAGAAUCGCCCUAGCCUCCUGGUGGAGAAGAUCAACCUAUUUGCCAUGUUUGGAACCGGCAUUGCCAUGAGCACCUGGGUGUGGACCAAGGCCACGCUGCUCAUCUGGAGGCGCACCUGGUGCAGGUUGACGGGACAGAGUGAUGACGAGCCCAAGCGGAUCAAGAAGAGCAAGAUGAUCGCCAAGGCCUUCUCCAGGCGGCGCGAGCUGCUGCAGAACCCGGGCCAGGAGCUCUCCUUCAGCAUGCACACCGUCUCCCACGACGGGCCCGUGGCAGGUUUGGCCUUUGACCUCAACGAGCCCUCGGCCGAUGUGUCCUCUGCCUGGGCCCAGCACGUCACCAAGAUGGUGGCCCGGAGAGGAGCCAUACUGCCCCAGGAUGUGUCCGUCACCCCUGUGGCAACUCCAGUGCCCCCGGAGGAAAAAGCCAACCUGUGGCUGGUUGAGGCGGAGAUCUCCCCAGAGCUGGAGAAGCGCCUGGGCCGGAGGAAGAAGCGGAGGAAGAGGAAGAAGGAGGACCCAGAAUUGCAGCAUUUUCUAUCCUGCCCCCACAGCCCACCCCUUUGCUGCUGGGCUCCAUCUCCAGGUUUCCCAUGCUGUGUUCCCUGUGGCCACCCUGUAUCCCCAGGUGCUUGCCCAUCUUGCUCAUUCUUGACAUCACCGCUCCUCUCAACAGUAGAAGAACUAAUUUUUUUCUUUUCUUUUUUUAAAAAUUGAAGUAUAGUUGAUUUACAAUGUUGUGUUUCAGUUUCAGGUGAUUCAGUUAUAUAUAUAUAUAUUUCUUUUUCAGAUUCUUUUCCAUUAUAGGUUAUUAUAAGAUAUUGAAAAAGUUCCCUGUGCUAUACAGUAGGUCCUCGUUGUUUAUUAUAUAUAUAGUAGUGUGUAUCUGUUAAUCCUAAGCUCCUAAUUUAUGCCUCUCCACCCCCCUUCCCCUUUGGUAACCAUAAGUUUGUCUGUCUGUGAGCCUAUUUCUGUUUUGUAAAUAAGUUCAUCUGUAUCAGUUUUUAAGACUCCACAUAUAAGUGAUGUCAUGAUAUUUGUCUUUCUCUGUCUGACUUACUUCACUUAGUAUGAUAAUCUCUAGGUCCAUCCAUGUAGCUGCAAAUGACAUUAUUUCAUUCUUUUUUAUUCUUUCUGUAUAUAUACCACAUCCUCUUUAUCCACUCAUCUGUCAAUGAACAUUUAGGUUGCUUCCAUGUGUGGCUACUGUAAAUAGUGCUGCUAUGAACACUGGGGUGCAUGUAUUUUUUCGAAUUAGAAUUUUCAUCUUUUACAGACAUAAGCCCAGGAGUGGGAUUGCUGGAUUAUAUGAUAACUCUAUUUUUAGUUUUUUAAGGACACUCCAUACUGUUCUCCAUAGCGGCUGCACCAAUUUACAUUCCCACCAACAGUGUAGGAGGGCUCCCUUUUCUCUACACCAUCUCCAGCAUUUAUUAUUUGUAGACAUUUUUUUUUUUUGACCUUGCCACAAGGCUUGCAGGAUCUUAGUUCCCUGAACAAGGAUCCCACCCAGGCUCCGGCAGUGAAAGCGCAGAGUCCUAACCACUGGACCACCAAGGAAUUCCCUAUUUGUAGACUUUUUGAGGCUGGCCAUUCUGACUGGUGUGAGGUGAUACUUUAUUGUAGUUUUAAUUUUUAUUUCUCUAAUAAUUAGCGAUGUUGAGUAUCCUUUCUUGUGCCUGUUGGCCAUCUGUAUUGUCUUCAGUAGUGGAGCUAUUUUUAAACAUUUAUCAAUAGCAGUAUGCAAAACAAUAAAAAUGAUCAGUGCUAUCUAAUGAUCUUUUCUGAAACAAGGGGAAAUGUUAAUGAUUUUCUUCCUUCUUUUUAUCUCCGUGUACAUUCCCUCCAUCUAUUCUUUCUUUAAUAGUAUCACUUAUACAAAGGACGGGGAAUGGGUGUUGGAGGAAUUUACUCUAGACUUUAAAAAGCUGAGAAAUGUUACCUUUCAGUUUGACUCUGGAGGCUGAUAGACCCUAUGACCACUAGAGGGCACUGUGAGCCCACUUUUUGUGAAUACAGACGGGCAGCUGUUGGAAAUCCAAGACUGUGGACACUCCCCACAAACCAAUCGUGUAAUGCAGUAUUUUUAUAGGAGCGCCAGAACUCAAGACUAAGCAAUAGUGGCCACUUUCCUACCAAAACUCUUAAAUUAGACCCCUGGAAGAAACUCCUCAGGGUUCAAGUGGAGCUUGGUUUGGGGGACUCCCUGUGGCUGUGCUGCUGCCCUGAGGGCUCCAUGCUUUCACUCCUCCGGCAGGCUCUGCCCUCAGCUGCUCCACUGGGCCCCCCUUACCACUCAAACUCAGUUGUCCAUCUUCCCAGGUUGUGAGGCCUUGUUGGUACCAGACUAUCUUCAGUAGUAUGUCCACUGCCCCAACCCUUCCUCUGCCUGCGUUGUCUUUUUUUUUUUUUUUUUUUAAUUUUUUUUUUUUUAAAUGGCACACGGGCUCAGUUGCUCUGCAGCAUGUGGGAUCUUCCUGGAGCAGGGAUUGAACCCAUGUCCCCUGCAUUGGCAGGCGGAUUCUUAACCACUGCACAACCUAGGAAGCCCCGCGUUGAGUCUUUUUAAUCUAAGAAAUUGAAAAGAUAGAAAAGCACAAAAAACAACCUAAUAAACACCCAUAUUCCCACUACUCAGAAAUAACUUAAAAAAAAAAUAAUUUUAUCAUAUAUGCUUCCAGCCUGCUGUUUAAAAAUAUAGUGUAACAGAUUUAGCUAAAGUCCCCUUUGACCAACACCCCUGUCCCAUGUUUCCUCCCACUCCCCACUUCCUCCACAGAAAAACAACUGUCUGAAUGUAGUGGGUUUCUUUCCAGUCUAUUUUUAUAUUUUCAUAUGUGCAAAUGAAGCUAUACAUCCAUAAACUAUGUAUUACUUUUGCCUUUUAUUUUUUCUUGAUUUUUUUAAUUAUAUUUUUUAUUGAUGUAUAGUUGAU